GCCGCACCGUUUUAACUGCCACGGAUUUUUUCACGUCAUAUCAAACAAACCCCGAGACAAGGCUCCCCACAAGACAACAAUGGCUCCCGAACACAAGGCCUGCCUGAUCGUGAUUGACGGCUGGGGUAUUCCAUCCGAGGAUUCGCCCAAGGAUGGCGACGCCAUCGCCGCCGCCGAGACCCCCGUCAUGGACGAGUUCUCUAAGAGCGCCACCGGCUACACCGAACUCGAGGCCUCGUCGCUCGCUGUCGGCCUCCCAGAGGGCCUAAUGGGCAACUCCGAAGUCGGACAUCUCAACAUUGGAGCCGGCCGCGUCGUCUGGCAAGAUGUUGUUCGCAUCGACCAAUCCGUCAAGAAGGGCGAGUUUAGCAGCAACGAUGUAGUCAAGAAGGUCCUAGAGGCGUCCAAGAACACCAACGGGCGCCUUCACCUCUGCGGUCUCGUUUCCCAUGGUGGUGUGCACUCGAAGCAAACCCAUCUCUACGCCCUCCUCAGGGCUGCUAAGGAGGUCGGCGUUCCCAAGGUCUUCAUCCACUUCUUCGGAGAUGGCCGCGACACCGACCCCAAGUCCGGCGCUGGAUACAUGGAAGAGCUGUUGUCUACGAUCAACGAGAUUGGCACUGGACAGAUCGCUACCGUCGUCGGCCGGUAUUACGCCAUGGACCGCGACAAGAGGUGGGAGAGAAACGAGGUUGCGCUCCAGGGCAUGGUCCUAGGCGAGGGCGAGCAGAGCGAUGAUCCGGUCAAGACGGUCAGGGAGCGCUAUGAGAAGGGCGAAACAGACGAGUUCCUCAAGCCCAUUAUUGUCGGCGGCGAUGAGGCGCGCAUCAAGGACGGUGACAACGUCUUCUUCUUCAACUACCGGUCCGACCGUGUUCGGCAGAUCACCCAGCUCCUGGGCGAUGUUGACCGCUCGCCUUUGCCCGAUUUCCCCUACCCCAAAGUUAAUCUGGUCACCAUGACACAGUACAAGCUCGACUACCCGUUCGAGAUUGCUUUCAAGCCCCAGCACAUGGGCAACGUCUUGGCCGAGUGGCUUGGCAAGCAGGGCGUGGAACAAGUCCAUGUCGCCGAGACCGAGAAGUACGCUCACGUCACCUUUUUCUUCAACGGCGGUGUCGAGAAGGUCUUCCCGCUCGAGACGCGUGACGAGUCGCAGGACUUGGUGCCCUCGAACAAGAGCGUCCCAACGUACGACAAGGCCCCCGAGAUGAGUGCCGAUGGAGUCGCCGAGCAGGUGUGCAAGCGGUUGUCGGAGGGGAGGUUCCCCUUCGUCAUGAACAACUUUGCCCCUCCGGACAUGGUUGGCCACACUGGUGUCUACGAGGCUGCCAUCGUCGGUUGCGCUGCGACUGACAAGGCAAUUGGCAAGAUUUACGAGAGCUGCAAGAAGAAUGGUUACAUCCUCUUCAUCACUGCCGAUCACGGUAAUGCCGAGGAGAUGAAGUUCCCUGACGGCAAGCCCAAGACCUCGCACACCACCAACAAGGUCCCUUUCAUCAUGGCCAAUGCUCCUGAAGGCUGGAGUCUGAAGAAGGAAGGCGGCGUCCUCGGAGACGUGGCCCCGACUGUCCUUACUGCCAUGGGUCUGCCCGUGCCUGAGGAGAUGACGGGCACAAACCUGCUCGUCAAGGCAUAAAUAAGCUUGGGAGAGCUGGACGGGAGAUGGCUACGACGGCAAAGAAGAGAUUCGAACAUACAUCCUACACCUAGAUGAUAGACGCUCGGCAAUAGACCGCAGGAAAGGUACCCCGCACAACCCGAUCUGAUACACUCAGCAAAUGAUCGUCCCGAGUCCUCGGCGUGCUCGGUGUGGUACUAGCGCUGAUCCCAGCAGCGUCAGCAGGCUGCGAGGUGUUCCAAGAAAUUGCCGCCGCGCAAAGUGUACCACACAUAUGUUCUCCGUAGCGUGUACUUCCCCCGUCGACUUCGCCUUUGGACGUCCUCGUUCCAUGGGCAACGAUUUGGAGACCUCC